UCAGUUAGAUUUUUCUUUCGGUGAGGAAAGAAGUGUUACUGAAACUUUGAAGCGUUGGUUUUUGAGUGGAUCAGAAAACUGAGGAAACGACAAGAAUAUCAUAUCGCCAUCGCCAUCCAAAGUAUUUUUGAGAUAUCAGUACCAUGACGAUGAACCCUGGAACGGAGUCGAUAGCAAAGGUGCCUUAUAGUGUUGGUGAUUGCGAAAUCGUUUACUUCUGCGUGACUUCAUUGGGUGAAAUCGGGAACAAAAACAUCCUGAGACUCACGGUAAAACUGAGAGCUGAGAUGAUGUCUGUUUGGAUCAAGCCUCCACUAAAUCUACCAGAAAUACAACUCGAGGAUCUCCAAUUUUUCGGCUCCGAUGUGUUUCGUUUUGACGAAAAAUUGCCGACUGUUUCGUUACCAGUCGCUAUGAGAAUGUUUCUCGGAUUUCUCCAAGUAUCGCCGAAGCCUGCCUUGCUGGUCACCCACUCUCCAAUAUUCGACUCGGUCCUGCUGGUCCAAGCUAUCAUAAAAAGUGGCUUGGAGGACGAUUUCGAUUCUGUUAUUGCUGGAUUCGUAGAUACUUUUCCGAUGUUCAGAAAAAAAUAUCCAAAUCUGUCAACGUUGAAGGAGUUCAAGCUGUCCAACCUGAUGAUUCAAGUGCUGAAAAAAAGCCCUGAAAAACCAAAAUUCGAAGCAACAGCCUACUUGGAGUACCUUGAAGAGCUCGUCAGCGUCGAUAUUUCCAAAAGCGAUCUCGUUAAGCGCAGCUUAACUUAUGAAAAAGCUAUGUCAAGCGAGGGUGACAUCACAGCUAUUUACGAAAUGUACGAGGAAUUGGAACCCUUGGCACAGGCCAUGGCUCAGAGGGACAUGAGACGAAAGUUGAAUGGAGAGGCCGAGAAAAACCAAGCUCCCCAAACGAAAACUCCGGAUCUGGUCAAGCCUUUUAGUGAUAAUGAUCGCGCUUACGAAGAACUCGUUGAAAUUAUGAAUCGGGAUCGUCCAAUAUACUGAGUUCCAGCUAAUCGAAAUGAGCACAGUCUCGAGGUCUUGUAUUAUUGAUUUUUCAUUCAUUUAUCGUUCGCCAAAUUGUUCACUGUUCAACUUUUAUUAAGAUACGGCAGAAAAUGCGUUUUGACACUCCGUUCAAUUCAACGAAAUUAACGAUUCAUACAGUAUUUUGAAAAUAUCGACCUAAACGACGAAUAACCAAUUUGAGUAUCGUUCGAAAAGGGAAAAAUUGAGCGCUAGCUGAUGGACAAUUUUGUGUAGAAAAAAGUCGCAAUAAUUUUGAUGGAACGAUAGUAAACCAAACGAUAAUUAAAAAAAAUAAAUAAAAAACAUUUCGAGAAUCUUGUUGAAAAAGAAACUGAAGAAUCAUCUUUAACAUUGAAAAUUGUAUGUGCACGAGGAACAGCUGGUAAUAAAUGAAAAUUCGUGCGAUAGCUGUAUUUGAAUGAACGCAAUCAAAUAAAUACGGAAGAUUCUAAUGAAGCUGAA